AUGGAAAGUAAUGUACAAUCUGCUUCAAAUGGAGAAAAUGGAGAGGAACAAUCUGCCGAAAAUGUAGAGGAAGAAGUCCAUCUCAGUUUAGGUAACAAUGUGCCUGAUUUUCCUGAAAAUAGUGCACAUUCUGAGGAAAAUGAAUUCGAUUCUGAAGAUGAUGCAAUUAAGUUCUAUGAAAGAUAUGGUCAGUGUUAUGGUUUUGGUGUGAGGAGAGACAAUGUCUAUCGUGGUUCGCAGGGUUCCAUUGUUACUCGUCAACUUAUCUGCGGCAAAGAGGGAGUGAGGCAUAGAAAAUAUUGGAGCGGAGGGACCGGGUUAGAGUUGCAAAGGGAAUUACCACGGUGUCAUGUCCAGCUCGCUUCCGUCUUCGCUUUGAACGCAACUCAUAAAGGUGGUCAUGAGACAUUGGAUUUUACCAAGAAGGAUCGGUUCAAUCACAUUGAUAAGGAGAAGCGGAUAAAGGUAGGAAACGGAGACGCAGUUGCAGCUUUGUCAUAUUUUCAGGCUAAGGCUGAGGGUGAUCAAAUCACCUAUAAGAGAAACAAGUAUAAUAAGCCUCUGGUGAUUUUCUGUGGCUACAAUCACCAUGGUCAGACAACUGUUUUUGGUUGCGCUUUGAUUACGGAUGAGGCGAUUGAGACAUAUAAGUGGGUGCUGGAGACAUUUGCUGAGUGUAUAUUUGAGAAGAAUCCCAAAGUUCUUGUUACAGAUGGUGAUUUAGCUAUGAAAGAAGCAAUAAGGCGUGUCUCUCCUAAUGCCCGACACAGACUGUGUUCAUGGCAUAUUCAACAAAAAGCUUUAGAGAAACUGAAGAAUCCGGACUUUUUGGAGGAUUUUAAAGGUCUGAUUUAUGGUAACUUCAAUGCCGAGAGAUUUGAGCAUCUUUGGGCUAAGGUUAUGGAGAAGUAUGGACUUGGUAAUGAUGAGUGGUUAACAAGAAUGCAUGGUAUGAAGACAAUGUGA